AUGUUUACUUCUCUCGUUGUUAUUCUCGUGUUGACUGUGGUAAGGGCAGCCUCGGGGCAGACUGGAGUCAGUUGUACUCAUCCAACCGCAUUCUAUGACCAAAUCAUCGACCACAAUGCCACCACAAGUGGCACUUUCAAACAACAGUAUCAAUUUAUCAUGGACUACUACAAACCGGGAGGCCCGAUCCUCUUCUUCCAGGGAGCAGAAACCGCGAAUAUCUCAUGCGUGGAACUUACGGUCUUGAUGGACUGGGCGUCGGCCUUGGGUGCAGCCGUUGCGCAACUCGAGCACCGUUUCUUUGGGGUCAGCAAUCCAAGUACCGCUUCCAACAUCACAGAACGCUAUGCGACACUCACAUUGGAUAAUGUCCUCGACGACUCGGUCACCUUCGUCGAAUAUUUGAAGAAAAACAACACCGCAUUGAGCAAUGCGAAGGUGAUUGCACAUGGCGGUUCGUAUGGCGGCUGGCUGUCUGCCAUGCUGCGACUCAACCGUCCAGAGACUUUCUAUGGCUCUAUUGCCUGGGCCGGACCAACGGAGAGCUUCGGACCAGACUCUUCGAACCCUGCACGUGCCUAUUGGUACACCGUGCUAUCCAAUAUCUACUCAACCCAUUCCGCAGAAGCUGCUGCCAAGAUAAAAGCAGCCCUUGCGGACUUUGAAGGCUACGUCAAGAACGAGACAGACUACGAGGACCUCGCUCACGGCCUCAACCUCUGCGAGGUUCCCCAGAACACCAGCGAUCUCGUCAGCAUUUACCAGGGCCAGAUCCUCAACGCCUACACGUCCAACUCCCAGUUCAGCUACGGGGUCCAGCCGGGCGUCCCGGGCCUGAACCCUAAUCCCUUCAACGAAGCCCUCAACCUGACUCUCGCGGCCAACGGCACUCUCGAAGUCCUCAACGCCAGCCUCUCGGUGCUCUACAACGGCUCCUGUGUCGACUGGACCGGACAAAACGCAUUCGGCCUGUCCGGGGCGGAGGCGGCGCCGUUCGAAUAUCUGGAGUGUCGCUACUUCCCCAUCGCGGCGGAUCUGAUCGUCAACGGCACCAUCUUCCCGCCCGGACAGCUCGGGGCCAGCUCCAACCGCGCCCAGUUCUGCCGGGACACGUACAACAUCACCAUUCCCACCCGCCAGGAGUUGUCGACGAAGUAUCACUUCACCGACACCGACCUGCUCGCGGCCACACACCUCCUGUUCACGUUCGGGACCCUCGACCCCGUCUCCGGCUGGGCGCCGUGGCUGCUCUAUGCGCGCAUGACGCCCAACCGCAACGCGUCGAGCCUGAUGGUCGUGCCCGAGGGCGGCCAUACCGAGGACUCGUUCAGUCCGAGCCUUUUGACCAAGCCGGGCGUUCUGCAGGCGCAGCAGUUCCAGCUGGAAUAUCUGAAAGAGUGGUUGGGGAUUACCGCUUACUAG